CUUUCAGUUGGGUUCUGAUAGCGCGGUUGGCUCGGGCGUGGGAAACAAAUCCACAUUCGGACGUCAAUACGAAGACCGCACACCGGCUCUGGUCAGUCAGGAAGGUCGCCGAAAGGAGCCCCCAUGCAGCCGUGAGUCGGACCCACACCGAGAGACGCGAGAUCUUCAAACUGACCCGUCUUUCUAUCUGCCCGUGAGCGCAAGAAGCGAGCCGACCGUUUUUUUUUUUUAAACAUGGCGAGGCGUCAAGCUCACGUUGCGUCCGUUGUCGACGCCGGCGACAAAAACUCCAGACCCUUCGGGGCUGCCCGUUCCAAGAGGUCCGAGAACCCCGACAGCAAGAUGCAGACCCAGGCUUUGACCGAGAGGCCGGCGCUCACCAAUUUGCAGCCCAAUUUGGUGGCUGGCGGUGGCAAGCAGGCCGGGCCCACGAAGCGGGAUUUGGUUCGACAGCAAUCCAACGCCCGGCGGUCGGCCAGACUGAGCUGCAGAGGAUCCAGUUUGUGCCCUGCUCCACCAAGCUUCGAGAUCUACGCAGAGUCGUCUGCCGCACGGGGGUCGCAAGUCGACGUCAAGGCUGCUGUCCCCGCCGUUGCUCCCGACGAGGACGGCGAGAAGGCUCUGCAUUCCGAUGAUCGGGGGGCGUCCAGCGAUGUCUGCUCAGACUCUCCAGACUGGGGAAUGGAGUGCGAGGCCGCGGACUCCCCCACGGUCCUGGACAAGCCCAUGUCAUACAUGGAGAUCCGGGACUUGGAGGCCAGCUUGGAGUACGCCCAGGACAUCUACACGCACCUCAGGCAGCGGGAGGAGAAGCUGACCCCGAGGCAAACGUACAUGAGCGAGCAGCCGGACAUCACGUCCUCGAUGCGCGCCGUCCUCGUCGACUGCCUGGUGGACGUAGCCGAGGAGUUUCGCCUGCUCCCGGAGACGCUCUUCCUCGGCGUCUCCUACGUUGACCGCUUCCUCUCCGCCAUGUCGGUGAUGCGCAACAAGCUGCGGCUCGUCGGCACAGCCGCCCUCUACAUCGCCGCGAAGUUCGAGGGGAUCUACCAGCCGGAGGUGUCGGAGUUUGUUUUCAUCACGGACGACACAUACUCGAAGCAGCAGGUGCUCCGGAUGGAAAAGCUGGUGCUCAAGGUGCUUUCGUUCGACAUGGCGGACACCACCAUCUACUGCUUCCUGCUCCGCUUCGCGGAAGUCGGCAAUACCCCGGACACCGUCAAGCACCUGGCUCACUAUCUGUGCGAGCUGACGUUCCUGGAGGACGACCCGUACCUUCAGUACCUGCCCAGCAUCGUUGCCGGUGCGUCCUUGUGCCUGGCAAAUCACACACUCAACCGAUACCCGUGGUCCUCGGACCUGGUCCUCUACUCUGGCUAUAACGUGGAGGACUUCAAGGAGUGCAUCCACAGCCUGCACAGCAGCUUCUGCAAUGCUGGCACACAAGCACAGCAGGCCAUCCAGAAAAAGUUCCUGUCCUCCAAGUUUCACUACGUCGCGAAUAUGAAGCCUGCGUGCACGCUGCCCUUGUAGCGGAUGACUCCGCGUCACCACCACUGCCCUUCAAACUCAAUACGAACAAGUUUUUUUAAUUGCAUGUGGGACAAUGCAUGCUGGACUGCAUGUGCCGCUCAACCUCAACACGAAUAAGUUUUUUUUAAUUGCCUGUGGGACUGCAUGUGUACAUCGAUGGUCGAAGUGUGCAAUCUCAUGUCUUGUGCCAUUGUGAAAAGAAAGUCGCCACUCCCGUUGCAAGAUUUUAAAUGAAACUCAUUUUUUGAAUUGGGGCGGGGAGGGGGGGGGG